UGAGCCGGCACGCGUCAACUAGCUGGUGGAAGGUGAUGCUCGCAGCGUUCCUGCUGGCUCUGGUGGCCAGUACGGCCAGCGGAGCCGAGUCCCACGCAGCUCACAAAUCGCUGUCGAGACCGCCGCGUGGUCUGGGCUUCUUCCAAAAAGUGUCCCACCUGGGUUCGCUACUCUACCAGCAGUACAACGACACCACCUACACACUGAAGAACGUGUACAACCUGCUGAGCAACGAGUUCACCGAUACGUACACCACCACGACGCCGGACCCUCGAACCACACCGACCACGCCCGAUCCGGCGACCAGCACCACGGCCAAGUACCGGAUCUCGCGCGUCGAGCUCGGCCGCAUCCUGAACCGCAACUAUCGGGGCCUCCAAAAGCUGUUCCGGCUCGAAUGGAACGACGCGUGGAAUCAAACGAAGUACAACAUCGAUGACUACAAGCGCGAGCUGAAGUACUCGGCGUUCCCGCCUCGGAACCGGACCGCAGCCGGGCCGGCCAACGUGAACCUAACGGUGCAGGUCGAAGCGAAGAAGGGCAACGCUUAGCAUCCCCUUCGACAACGGCUUCCACAUUCCAGCCCACCAGCCUAACGGGGAAGGUGGGCCCGGGUUCUUUACUGUGAUACGACACAAACGGGGUCCAUAGGAGCUAUAAGCUAGGCCAGCUAGGAAGGAAGACUGCAGCGGAGGGAUAGCGAUAGCGGCGCUGGGUGGUUUGUACACUUCUAGUAUAAAUUGUAUAGGUUUUCGUAAUAAGUUCGUCCAGGGGGGCAUGCUGGGCAUAAAGCUGGGAGGGACUGGGACAGACCUGAGUCCUUUGCUGUGGUGGUGGUGGGUAAGAAGUACCUGAGUGAGCGCGGAUGCGAAGGUGAUCAAGCUAACAGGUGUCAAUUAGCAGCGAAGGAUGACAGACCGGUUGACGCAACGGCGCACCGCCAGAUAAACAAAGAUUGAGCGAGCGAGAGAGAGAGAGAGAUCGGGAGUUUGAGAAAGAGCAGG